AUGGACGCGGUGGGCGCGGCAACCUGGAUUGUCCAGGUGGUUCUGGAGAAGCUCGUCGGCGAUGGCAUCGACGCCGCCUGGGCCGCCGCCGCGAGCGGCUCGGACGCCGACCCCAGCAGCGACGUGCGCCGCCUCCGUUCCCGCCUCCAGAGCCUGCACCUCGUCCUCUCCGCGGCCCAAGAACGCGUGCCCAGGGCUCGCGGCGAGGCACUUCUCAGCUCCCUGCGGCGUCUACGCAGCCUCGCUGGCGAUGCCGACAACCUGCUCGACGAAAUGCUCUAUUACCAGAUCCACCGCCAGCUCCAUCCGGACCAGGCUAGUGACUCUUGUUCUUCAAUAUCAGCUGUCCAAUCAGCCAUCUCCAAGAUUCGGGGUGCCACUGCCAAGAGGGCACGCCUAGGAGAUAACGAUACUACUGGUAGAAUAAAGGAAAUUUUGGAGCAGAUGUGUGAGGCUGGGAAUGAUGUCCGCGAGGCAAUCAAGCUGGAAAAGUUGGAUGCUUUUGUUGAUUUGGGAUGCCAUGAUGCUUAUGUGCAUCCACGGGGGCAGACAACAUCUUUCAUCACGGAGCUGAAGGUGUUUGGGAGGGACACCGUGAAGAAGCGCAUUGUGGCGAUGCUGACAAGCAAGGAGGCCUGUGAUGUACAUUUAUCGGUUCUUCCAAUCGUGGGGAAUGGUGGCAUUGGGAAAACUACGUUAGCACAGCUAGUGUAUAAUGAUGCAGUAGUGCAGGAUCACUUCAGCAAGCGGAUAUGGAUAUCAGUCUCCAUCCAUUUUGAUGAAGUAAGACUCACUCGUGAGAUGCUGGAAUGUCUGUCGGAUGGUGUGAGCAAGCAUGAUGAAAUUAUCAACCUGAAUAAGCUUCAAGAGAUUCUUGAGCAGAGUGUGAAGUCUAAGCGACUGCUACUUGUUUUGGAUGAUAUGUGGGAAGACAAUGAUAAAAGCCGGUGGGAGAAGCUUUUAGCACCCCUGAGGUGUAGUUUACUGAAGGGUAGUGUGAUCUUGGUCACAACAAGAAAUCACUCUGUGGUGAAAAUGAUUGCUACGAUGGAUCCCAUCCAUUUGGAUGGCUUGGAAGAUGAUGACUUUUGGCUUCUGUUCAAGUCAUGUGUAUUUGGUGAUGAGAAAUAUGAAGGACACUGGAAUUUGCAGAUUAUUGGGCAGAACAUAGCUAAAAGGUUGAAGGGAUACCCCUUAGCAGCAAAAAGUGUUGGUGCACUUUUGAAAAGAAGCCUUGAUGGUGGACAGUGGAUGGAAAUAUUACAAAGUGAUGAAUGGAAACUGCAGCAGGGGCCAGAUGAUAUCAUCCCAGCACUCAAAGUUAGUUAUAUACACUUGCCUUUUCAUCUCCAAAGAUGUUUUUCAUAUUGUGCAUUGUUUCCCAAGGGUCACAGUUUUGAUGCACUGGAGUUAGUUCGCAUUUGGAUAUCACAAGGUUUGGUUUCUUCUAAAAACUUGAGAAUGGAGGAGACUGGGCAUCAAUAUUUGAAUGAUUUGGUGGAUAGGGGUUUUUUUCAAAGAAGUGUUUAUUACUCUAUGCAUGAUCUAAUGCAUGACCUUGCAUUGAUAGUUUCAUCAGAUGAGUGUCUUGUAAUUGACAGUUUUGGUUCAACAAAUACAACACUCUUUCCAACUAUUCAACAUUUAUCUAUAAAUGUGAGAUAUGCUUAUAAGUGGAACGCAGAUGAUCGAAGAUUUUAUCCUAAUGAUACAUUUCAGAGGAAGCUGGCUUACAUUGGAGAUUCGGUGCAAACAAGAAAUUUGAGCACUUUAAUGCUAUUUGGAAAGUAUGAUGCUGCGUUUUCUGAAACCUUUUCCCAUGUAUUCAAAGAUGUGCAUCAUCUACGUGUUCUGAGAUUACCCACACUAACUUAUAACAUAGACUUUCUCCUUAGAAACUUCAGUAAGUUGAUCCAUCUGCGCUACCUUGAACUAAUAUCCAGUGGUCCUACUGAGCCUUUUCCAGAGGUUAUAUGUCAACUUUAUCAUCUACAGGUCCUUGAUGUAGAGUUUUGGGUUCACCUUUCUGCUUUACCAGGAUGCAUGAAUAACCUUGUCAACUUGAGACAUUUUGUUGCUCGAGGUGAAUUGCAUGCAAUGAUUGCUGGGGUUGGUAGAUUAAAGUUUCUCCAGGAAUUAAAGGUCUUCCGAGUAGGAAAGACUACUGACUUUGAAAUAGGACAGUUAAAUGGGUUAAGAGAAUUGGGUGGGUCACUCGAAAUUUACAAUCUAGAGAAUGUGGGAAGCAAGGAUGAGUCUCAAAGUGCUGGAUUAAAGGAUAAAACAUACCUACAGGAUUUGCUCCUGUCAUGGUCCAGUAAUCGGUGUGUGGUGAGGUGCAUAACUGAGGCUGAUGUGCUUGAGGGCCUUCAUCCACAUUCCAGGCUCAAGCGGCUUCAUAUAACAUGGUAUGGAGGUAUUUCUUCUCCGACAUGGUUGUGUUCCAAUCUUUCUUUCAUCUGCUUAGAGUCUAUCAGUCUUGAGAAUUGCACAAAAUGGGAGAUCCUUCCACCACUUGGACAAUUUCCAUUUCUUAGAAAACUGUAUUUGAUUCAGUUGCCUGCAUCAAGGGAAGUACCUACGGUAUCCUGUAACUACUGGACUGGUUCUGAAAAGCAGGUCCUGUUUCCAUGUCUAGAAGAACUUGUGGUUAGGGACUGUCCUGAACUAAUGGCAUUUCCAUUGUCACAAUGUUCAUCUAAAAAUGAAUGCUUCUGUUCAUUUGGCUAUCUCCGCGAAGUUACGAUCUACAACUGUCCUCGGCUAAUGAAUUUACCCCCAUUUGGUCAGGUGAAGUCUCUAUCCACAAUAUCUAUAGAGGGAGUAGGAUCAUUUCCUUACAUCAGAUUAUUCAUGAAAGCAUUGUUUAUCAAGGGAUGUAUCGCCCCAAGAACCUUGGAUGAUAUAUUAUUAUUGACUGAAUGUAGUCUGAGUAUUCUUGAGAAAUUAACGAUUGAGAGCUGCUUGGAUCUUGCAUAUUUAUCAUGUGAAAGUUUUAAAAAACUUGUCUCGUUAGAGAGCUUGGUAAUUGUGGAUUGCACAAGGCUAUCCUUGCCAUUGUAUUCAUAUAGCCAAUAUGAAGUCAUGUUUUGUUUCCCUUCAUUACUCAAGAAGCUUGUAAUCCGAGCAUGUGGCAUCACAGGGAAGAUGUUAACUCGCGUGUUGUCACAAUUGCACUUUAUGGUUUGCUUGACAAUUACGAAGUGCCCAAACAUAACAUCUAUAGCAGUUGGUGGUCUGAUUACUGGGACUGCCAGCUCCUCAACAUCUGACUGCCAUAAGCAGACAACUGAUGGCUUGUUACAGAUCCCAUCAGAUACCUCACAUCGGCUUCAAUAUUUGUGCAUAGAAGACUUCUCGGAUCUGAUUCUCUGCAAAGAAAUUUUUCAUGAAUUUAUCUCUCUCACUACGCUACGCAUAACAGGAUGCCCACAGCUUAUGGUCACAAUGACCAUUGAGAAAGAGAGAUCCAAGCACAACCUUUCUCUUCUACCACCAUCACUAAAGGACCUUAUGGUUUCUCAUAUGCAUGACAAAUUAUGUCCCUUCAUGCUCUCUAAUCUCGCCUUAUUGUCCAACUUGGAAAUAUCUAAGAGUCCAGAGCUGACCUCUCUUGACCUUCAUUCAUGCAAAUCUUUAAAAACGUUGAUUAUCGAUAAAUGCGUCCGGUUGUCCGUUCUAGAGGGCUUGCAGUCCCUCGCCAAUUUAAAGCAUCUGCGGAUUUUUGAAUGUCCCAGUUUGUCUAAGCCUUGGGAACCUUCAGCUAAUGGGGAGAGCCAGGGCCUUGAUUUCCCAUUGCAUCUGGAGAAGCUUGAGAUUGACAACACCUCAUUCUUUAAAACAUGUAUUUGCAAGAAGCUCCCGUUUCUUCAACAUGUUGUGUUUUUCAUGGCCAAUAAUGUGAGAGCCUUCACAGAAGAACAGGAGAAAGCACUUGGUCACCUUACAUCUCUCCAAGUACUUGACUUCUGCUAUUGCCCUGAUCUUCAAUCGCUGCCCAAUGAGUUGUAUUGCUUUCAAUCCCUUAAGAAGUUGUCAAUCAAGGCUUGUCCAGGACUACAAUCACUACCAGAAAAGGGCCUUCCAGCUUCACUGCAGGAGCUUUAUGUGAGCAACUGCAGUGUUGAACUAAAGGAACAGUGCAGGAAAAUAAAAAAUGUCAGGUGCCUGUUUCGUGUUUCCUUACUCUAA